CUUUAUCAAAGAAACGCUGAAAUCCGUAAAAUAAUUAAGUUUUCUAUGGAUCUAAAGUAAUUAAAUAAUCAGUACUUAUUAAUUUUAAUCAUGUUCUGGAGCGGGAACUAUAUAGCUGUGAGGGAGCUAAAUUCCUUGCUCAAAGAAGAGAACGUGACGCUCAGUCAGGUGCUGGAGGCGGAUGAUGUGCUACAGGAGUGCAAAGCAGAUAACAAGGCACUCAUACAGUUCCUCACACGUCCAGACAUCCUAGCAGAGCUUGUAACGCUAAUAACAGAAGAGCCCCCCAAGAAUGUGGAGCUCAGCCUCCAAUACAGGCACGCCUCCAUCGCCUGCGAGGUGCUCACAUCUCAGCUCCCCGCACUCUCACACCGGCUGUCCAUGGAGACUGUGCAGAUGCACAGGCUCUGCGACUUCAUCAAUAGAGAGCCUCCGCUGAACCCACUGCUAGCAUCAUACUUUAGUAAAACUAUUGAGAUGCUGCUUGACAGAAGUCCUAAACAGGACUGGUACCUAUACCACAUCGUGUGCCUCCGAGUCCUCGACUUCCUGAAGGCGAGGCGAGACUUCCUGCCAAAUCUGCUGCGUCACCUGCAGACUUCAGCUGUGCUUGACGCGCUCAAGUGCUUCAUACGGCUCAACGACCUCUUCAACAAGCUCAUUAUGGAGGUAUGUUAUGUAAACUCCGCUUUGCCACAGGCGAGGCAUGUCUCUAGAGACUGCCGCCUCGCGAGGCAAUUUACUCAAGAGGCAGCUCGUCCUGAAGGCGAGGCGAGGUUUCCUGCCGAAUCUGCUGCGUCACCUGCAGACUUCAGCUGUGCUUGA